AUGAGUCGCAUGUUUCGCUCUUCGCAAACCUCUCAGUUUCAACCACCCCUCUCCCCCCCACCCUUCCCCCCCCGCCCCCCUCUCCCCCUCCUCGUCCCGCCCCCCCCUUCCAUGCGCCCCCUCCCCUCCUCCAUGCGCCCCCUCCCCUCCUCCAUGCGCCCCCUCCCCUCCUCCAUGCGCCCCCUCCCCUCCAUGUGCCCUCACUUCUCUGCAGAUGAUGACCCCAGACAUGAUUCGGCUGGCCACGGAAUGAUGACCCCGGACAUGAUUCGGCUGGCAACGGAGCAGAUGGGGCGCAUGACACCGGAGGACAUGCGGCGGGCAGCGGAGCAGAUGAAGCGCCUCAGCCCGCACCAGAUCGCCUCCGCCAUGGGCAGUGCCGGUGCAGGCGGCGGGUGGGGUUGGCGCUGCGGCUGCUGCUGGGGGGAUUUCAGGAGCACUUGGAUGAUGGCACCAGACAUGAUUCGGCUGGCAACGGAGCAGAUGGGGCGCAUGACACCGGAGGACAUGCGGCGGGCAGCGGAGCAGAUGAAGCACUUCAGCCCGCACCAGAUCGCCUCCGCCAUGGGCACUGCCGGUGCUGCUGGGGGGAUCCCAGGGGCAGCAGCGGGAGGAGGGGGAGUGGGAGGAGGUGCAGCAGGGGGGUUGCCGGAUGUGGCAUCGUAUAUGAGCCAGCGGCAGCAGUAUGAGCUAAAUGCUGCAACGAUGCUCAAGAAUGAGGGCAACAAGCUGCAUGGGAUGGGAAAGUACUCAGAAGCUGCAGAGAAGUAUAACAGGGCACGGGGCAAUCUAGCCAUGCAUUCGUCCCCAGCAGCGGUGUCCCUGCGGCGCACGUGUGCAGUCAACCUUAUGUCCUGUCACCUCAAGACCAACGCCUUUGCCCAUGCUGUCUCUGUUGGCACUCAGGAGGCAGCAGCAGACCUGUCCAAAGCAGCAGAGAUCUCACCGGAUGAUGAAACGCUGGCAGGGGUACUCAGGACAUCGAUGAGGGCGACGAUGCUCCUGCUCCCUCCCUGGCUGCCUCCCCUGCUGCCUCUCCUGCUGCUCGGCCCACACCCUGCCUCUUGCGUGCCCAUCCUUCCCUUGCCUGCUGCAGUUUCUCUGGAGGACAUCGAUGAGGGUGACGAUGCUCCUGCUGCCUCCGCUGCUGCUCGGUCUCCCUCCCGACACGCUGCUGCUCGGCCCACACCCUGCUCCUUCUUUUCUCCCGCCUUCUUGCCCCCCCGCCCAUCCUUCCCUUGCCUGCUGCAGUUUCUCUGGAGGACAUCGAUGAGGCCAGCAGUGCCAGCAGCAGCAGGAGCAGCAGCAGCAGCAGUGGGUGACAAUCCGCUGUUCAUCCCUCCCUCGGUGCCCACCAUGUCUCCUGAUCUCUCCGCCACCGACCCUGCUCUCCCAGCAGUGCCAGCAGCAGCAGGAGCAGCAGCAGCAGCAGUGGGUGACAAUCCGCUGUUCAUCCCUCCCUCGGUGCCCACCAUGUCUCCUGAUCUCUCCGCCACCGACCCUGCUCUCCCAGCAGUGCCAGCAGCAGCAGGAGCAGCAGCAGCAGCAGUGGGUGACAAUCCGCUGUUCAUCCCUCCCUCGGUGCCCACCAUGUCUCCUGAUCUCUCCGCCACCGACCCUGCUCUCCCAGCAGUGCCAGCAGCAGCAGGAGCAGCAGCAGCAGCAGUGGGUGACAAUCCGCUGUUCAUCCCUCCCUCGGUGCCCACCAUGUCUCCUGAUCUCUCCGCCACCGACCCUGCUCUCCCAGCAGUGCCAGCAGCAGCAGGAGCAGCAGCAGCAGCAGUGGGUGACAAUCCGCUGUUCAUCCCUCCCUCGGUGCCCACCAUGUCUCCUGAUCUCUCCGCCACCGACCCUGCUCUCCCAGCAGUGCCAGCAGCAGCAGGAGCAGCAGCAGCAGCAGUGGGUGACAAUCCGCUGUUCAUCCCUCCCUCGGUGCCCACCAUGUCUCCUGAUCUCUCCGCCACCGACCCUGCUCUCCCAGCAGUGCCAGCAGCAGCAGGAGCAGCAGCAGCAGCAGCAGUGGGUGACAAUCCGCUGUUCAUCCCUCCCUCGGUGCCCACCAUGUCUCCUGAUCUCUCCGCCACCGACCCUGCUCUCGUGCGCAACAUGCAGGCAAUGAUGACGAGCAUGGAUCCAGCAGCAGUGGCGGCGCUGAGUGGCGGCGCCCUAUCCCCCGAAAUGGCCCGCACUGCAGCGCAGCUCGUCGGCUCCAUGUCCCCGGAAGACCUCCAAAAGAUGAUGCGCCUUGCUUCGACCUUUAGCCAAGCGGGGGUAGGGGUUGCUGGGGGGACGGGGAGCGGGGGAGUAGGGGGAACGGGGGGACCAGGGGGCGCAGGGGGAACUGGGGGAGUGGGGGCAGGAAGAUCUGCUGGUGGUGCUGGGAGCGGCGGCGGCGGCAGUGGCAGCAGAGGGAGCGGCAGUGAUGAUUCCGAUCCUGUAUUGACUCCCACAACGGGGAGCGCAAGCAGCAGAAGCACAGCUAAUGCCGCUGCUACUGCUGCUGCUCCUGCUGUUACAGAGACCACGUAUGGCAUGCCUCCAGGAUUUGGGAGAGAAGCUGAGGCAGCAGGGGGGGCAGCAGGACGGGGGGGGUUCAGUGGAGGAGGGGUGGGAGCGGCUGGGAUGCCGGCGCCAGGUGUCGGCGGGGGAUUGGACCCGAUGCAGCUACAGGAAAGGCUGCUGAACGACCCUUCUACUGUGAAGCUGAUGAGCGACAUGAUGCAGCAGCUGAGCGCAGAGGACAUUGCAGCCAUGAGCUCUCGCAUGGGGCAGAGCAUGUCAAUGAGAGCAGGCAGAGUAGAUCUCAUGAGCGACAUGAUGCAGCAGCUGAGUGCAGAGGACAUCGCAGCCAUGAGCUCUCGCAUGGGGCAGAGCAUGUCGGUGGAGCAGGCAGAGCAGGCCAAGCGCAUGAUGCAGGGGCUGGGACCGGAGAGGCUGGCGACGGUGGUAAAACAUGUGGGUCGAGUGGAGCAGAUGGAGCAGGCAGAGCAGGCCAAGCGCAUGAUGCAGGGGCUGGGACCGGAGAGGCUGGCGACGGUGAGCAUGUGGGUGGAGCAGGCAGAGCAGGCCAAGCAGAUGAUGCAGGGUCUGGGGCCUGAGAGGCUGCCACUGUGGUGA